AGGUGUCCUGAAGGCCGUGGACCACAUCAACACCACCAUCGCGCCUGCCCUGGUCGGCUCGGGUCUCUCUGUGGUUGAGCAGGAGAAACUGGACAACCUGAUGCUGGAAUUAGAUGGGACUGAGAACAAGUCCAGGUUUGGGGCAAACGCCAUCCUGGGUGUGUCCCUGGCCGUGUGUAAGGCAGGGGCAGCUGAGCGAGACCUGCCCCUGUACCGCCACAUCGCUCAGCUGGCCGGGAACGCAGACCUCAUCCUGCCCGUGCCGGCCUUCAAUGUGAUCAACGGCGGCUCUCACGCUGGGAACAAGCUGGCCAUGCAGGAGUUCAUGAUCCUCCCGGUGGGUGCCGAGAGCUUUCGGGACGCCAUGCGGCUGGGCGCAGAGGUCUACCACACGCUCAAGGGGGUCAUCAAGGACAAGUACGGCAAGGAUGCCACCAACGUGGGGGACGAGGGCGGCUUUGCCCCCAACAUCCUGGAGAAUAGUGAAGCCUUGGAGCUGGUGAAGGAAGCCAUCGACAAGGCCGGCUACACGGAGAAGAUCGUCAUCGGCAUGGAUGUGGCCGCCUCGGAGUUCCACCGCGACGGCAAAUAUGACCUGGACUUCAAGUCUCCUGCUGACCCCUCCCGAUACAUCAGCGGGGACCAGCUGGGGGCUCUCUACCAGGACUUUGUCAGGGACUAUCCUGUGGUUUCCAUCGAGGACCCAUUUGACCAGGAUGAUUGGGCUGCCUGGUCCAAGUUCACAGCCAACGUAGGGAUCCAGAUUGUGGGUGAUGACCUGACGGUGACCAACCCAAAGCGCAUCGAGCGGGCGGUGGAGGAAAAGGCCUGCAACUGCCUGCUGCUCAAGGUCAACCAGAUUGGCUCGGUCACUGAAGCCAUCCAAGCGUGCAAGCUGGCCCAGGAGAACGGCUGGGGCGUCAUGGUGAGUCAUCGCUCAGGAGAGACCGAGGACACGUUCAUUGCUGACCUGGUGGUGGGGCUUUGCACGGGCCAGAUCAAGACGGGUGCCCCAUGCCGUUCUGAGCGUCUGGCUAAGUACAACCAGCUCAUGAGAAUUGAGGAAGAGCUGGGGGAUGAAGCUCGCUUUGCCGGACACAACUUCCGCAACCCCAGCGUGCUGUGACCCCGCUGCUAGCCUGGAGCCGAGGAGCCUGCCCCAUCCUCCUGGAGCCUCUUUCUUGCCGUCCUGACCUGUGCUAGUUCGCCCGAGACCCCUGAGCCCCAGGGAGCCCAGAGCUCCCCAACUGCCCUGCCGCGGCUGCUCCUUGGCCUCCCAGCCCCUGCCGUCUGCUCCCCCUCCUCCCAGGCCCUGCUCCCUGGGGCCACGCGCUCCACUUUUCCCUUCCCUUCCUCUCGUCCCUCAAAAACUAGGAAUGGGAAUGAGGAUUUUGAGAGGGUCUGUGGAAAACUGGUCAGCACCUGUGGUGGGACAGCGGGGCGGUGUCGAGUUCCGCGAGGGCCCACGCGUCAUUGUGCUUUGCUCUUGCGUGUGUUUCCACAUUGCAUAUGAGCCACGAGCUGGCACUGUGCUGGGCCCGGCAUGCUUGGCUGCGGGUUUGGAGUAUUUAUUCACGCAUUUAUUUAUUCCUCUAUCAUCCUGUCAAUCAUUUCCUCAUAAUUCUGGGGCCUAAAACUGGCCUGACCUGAGGGCACGAGGUUUGUCUCACGUGGAUGCAGAGCCCAAGAUGACCCGGGUGGGAGGUCUUGUUAGAUGGAAAGGGUCGUGGCCUGGGUUCCUUCGUGCGCACUCGUUGGAGCCCAGAGUGGGAGCCGUGUGCCGGGGACGCCUCCCCGAAACACCCCAGCCCUAGUUCCCCACCCUUCCUUCGGCUGCACCAGAGCAACGGCUCGCUCCCCCUGCCACAUUCCAGCUGCCACCAAGUCUGCGGCGUUGACAUGAGCACCACCAUUAAAGUCUGAGUCACAGUGCA